AUGCCACGGAGUUAUAAGAGGAAGACAGGCAGGGCUUCCACUCCUUUAGAGGACAUGGACAGAACAGUGAACGAGGUGGUGAAGGGGAAGUCCAUUCGUCAGGUGGCAAGGCAGAUGAACAUAUGCAGGAUAACAUUAAAAUGAUACAUGGAGAAGAAAAACAUUGAUGGAAAAGAAAUAAGGCCAGGAUAUAAAAGAACUGCACUUGCCAAUCAAGUCUUUGAUGAACAUAUGGAGAAAGAGCUGGCAGAACAUAUAAAGGCAGCUAUGUUUCACGGUCUAAGUCCCAUGAAAUGCCGUGAACUAGCUUUUGAGUUCGCACAAAGAAAUGACAUCGAUAUCCCUGCCAACUGGAUCAAAGAGGAAAAAGCAGGUUGGGUUAAGUGUGCAUUUAUUAAGAAAAAGUAA